AUGGCUUCGAAAGGCCUGGUCGAGAGUUUAACCGAGGAGGCCAUUUGUCCCAUCUGCCUGGAUUUCUUCACCGAUCCGGUUACACUGGAGUGUGGACACAACUUCUGCCGCUCCUGUAUCACACAGUGUUGGGAAAGGGAGGGGAGAAACUCCUGUCCGCAAUGUAGAGAGGAGUUUGCGCACCGCACCCUCAGGGUAAAUCGGACCUUAGCAAGACUGUCUGAGAAACUUCGAAAUUUAAACGUGAAUCCGAAAGAGAAGGAAAGUAAACUUCACUGCGAGGAACAUCAGGAAGAACUGAAGCUGUUUUGUGAAACGGACAAGACACCGAUCUGUGUGAUUUGUGCCGGUUCGCGGGAACACAGAGAGCACCGCUUCCUGCCGAUUAAAGAAGCUGUUGAAAUCUACAAGGAUCGGGUUAAAUGUUCCGUAGAAUCUCUCACAAAAAAGAAAUCAGACUUGCAGGAAAUGGAGCAACAACAGAAACAGAAGAUCUCCGGAAUUCGGGAACAGUCACACAGACUUCAGUCCCACAUCACAUCCCAAUUUGCUGAACUGCACCAGAUUCUCACUGAGAAGGAGCAGGGCUUACUCAGAGAUCUCAGGGAAGAAGAGGAGAGGAUUCUAAAUCCAAUGGAGAAAAAUCUUCGAGAGAUUCAAGAGAAUUUAACUUCUGUUCAGAAGGAACUCUCAAAGUUUCAGGAAUGGAUGAAUCAAGAAGACAGCAUGAUAUUUCUCAAGGAGGAAGCUCGUCAGAAGUGGAGGAUUAGUGAUGAUGUCCAGAUAUUUUCAGUGACAGAUCGUGCCCUACCAGUUGAAAAAUUCGAUCACCCCUAUUUGCUGAACACGGUGUUGAGAAAAACGUUUGAUACCAUUAAGCGAGUCUCUGUGACCCUGGAUGUGGAAACAGCGGGUCCGCGGCUCGAGGUGUCCGAGGAUCGGAAGAGUGUGAGAUGGACGGAGACACAGAGGGAUCUCCCCGACACCGGGAAGAGGUUCACAGUCCGGCCCUGUGUGCUGGGAUCGGAGGGAUUCACAUUGGGAAGAUAUUACUGGGAGGUGCAGGUGGCAAUGAAUCGAAUCUGGUGUCUGGGAGUCGUCACAGAGUCAGUGGAAAGGAAGGGAGGGGUCGAGCUGAUGCCGGAAAAAGGAUUCUGGACCAUCUGGCGGGAUGGUGACCAGUUUUAUGUGAACACCUCCCCUGAAUCCCGUCUCCCUGCUCGUCCCAUACCCAAGAGGGUGGGAGUUUAUCUCAGUUACGAGUCCGGGACAAUUUCAUUUUACAGCGCGGACACCAAGUCCCAUCUCCACACCUUCACUGGGAAUAAAUUCAUGGAGAAACUUUAUCCUUUCUUCUGGACUGAGGAUGUAAACCGGUGGCUGAGGAUCUGCUCCGGUUCCGCUCCAGCGGAACAAAAAUACUUCUGUGGAAAUACAAAGAUUGAGCACAGGGCGGCGGUUCCCCCGGGUCCAGAAGUCCAGGGGAUCAGUGAAAGUGGCGCCAGAGGUGGUGCUGAAUGGAAGGGAGGGGUUCAGCAGCUCCCCGGGUAUGAAAGGAAUGUGAAUCAGGAAGUGCGGGGAGUUAACAUGGCUUCGAAAGUCCAGGUCGAGAGUUUAACCGAGGAGGCAAUUUGUCCCAUCUGCCUGGAUUUCUUCACCGAUCCGGUUAUACUGGAGUGUGGACACAACUUCUGCCGCUCCUGUAUCACACGCUGUUGGGAAAGGGAGGAGAGAAACUCCUGCCCGGAAUGUAGAGAGGAGUUUGCGGACCGCACCCUCAGGGUAAAUCGGGCCUUAGCAAAUCUGUCUGAGAAAGCUCGAAAAGUAAACCUGAAUCCGAUAAAGAGGGAAAGUAAACUUCACUGCGAGGAACAUCAGGAAGAACUGAAGCUCUUUUGUGAAACGGACAAGAAACUGAUCUGUGUGAUUUGUGCCGGUGCGCGGGAACACAGAGAUCACCGCUUCCUACCGACUAAAGAAGCUGUUGAAAUUUGCAAGGAUCAGAUUAAAUCUUCCAUAGAAUCUCUCACAAAAAUGAAAUCAGACUUCCAGGAAAUGGAGCGACAACAGAAAGAGAAGAUCUCCGGAGUUCGGGAACAAUCACACAGCCUUCAGUCCCACAUCACAUCCCAAUUUGCUGAACUGCACCAGAUUCUCACUGAGAAGGAGCAGCGCUUACUCAGAGAUCUCAGGGAAGAAGAGGAGAAGAUUCUAAAUCCAAUGGAGAAAAAUUUUCAAGAGAUUCAAGAGAAUUUAAAUUCUAUUCAGGAGAAACUCUCAAAAUUACAGGAACAGAUGGAUCAAGAAGACAGCUUGAUAUUUCUCAAGGAGGAAGCUCGUUGGAAUGAGAGUAUUAGUGAUGAUGAUCACACGUUCUCAGUGACUGAUGGUGCCCUCCCGGUUGAAAAAUUCGAUCACCCCUUUUUGUUGAAUCCAGCGUUGAGGGAAAUGUUUGAUGUACUUAAGCGAGUCUCUGUGACCCUGGAUGUGGAAACGGCGCAUCCGCAGCUCGAGUUGUCUGAGGAUCGGAGGAGUGUGAGAUGUACCAGGGCACUGAUACAGAGGAGUCUCCCUGACACCGGGAAGAGGUUCACAGACUGGGAAUGUGUGCUGGGAUCGGAGGGAUUCACAUCGGGGAGACAUUACUGGGAGGUGGAGGUGGCGGGGAAUCGGGGCUGGUAUCUGGGAGUCGCCGCAGAGUCUGUGGAGAGGAAGAGAGGGGUUGAACUGAUCCCGGUGAACGGAUUCUGGACCAUUGGGCGGGUUGUUGACGAGUUUUAUGUGAACACCUCCCCUGAAACCCGUCUCCCUGCCGGUCCCAUCCCCGGGAGGGUGGGAGUUUAUCUCAGUUACGGGUCCGGCACAAUUUCAUUUUACAGCGCGGACACCAAGUCCCAUCUCCACACCUUCACGGCGAAUAAAUUCACGGAGAAACUUUAUCCUUUCUUCUGGACUGGGGAUGGAAACCGGUGCCUGAGGAUUUGUUCUGGUUCCGCUCCGGGAGUCCCGGUGGCGUACCCGGUAACCUCGGUGCCUGCCUCACCCAGCCCCGAUCCUGCCGUUGGCCGUCAGGCAGCUCAGCUUCUCCUUUGGGGGAAGUGGGUGCAGGGACCCCACAGGACGCCGCUCCGAAAAACCCAUGCGUGUGUGGUGGAUAAUCGCAGUACUGCAGGGGUUCGGCAGCUCCCCGAGGGUGAACCGAUUGCGAAUGAGGAAGUGCGGGGAGUUAAAAUGGCUUCGAAAGGCCAGGUUGAGAGUUGGACCGAGGAAGCAAUUUGUCCCAUCUGCCUGGAUUUCUUCACCGAUCCGGUUAUACUGGAGUGUGGACACAACUUCUGUCGCUCCUGUAUCACACGGUGUUGGGUCAGGGACGAGAGAAACUCCUGCAUGGAAUGUAGAGAGGUGUUUGACGACAGCACCCUCAGGGUAAAUCGGGCCUUAGCAGUUCUGUCUGAGAAAGCUCGAAAAUUAACUCUGAAUCAGAUAAAGAAGGAAAGUAAACUUCACUGCGAGGAACAUCAGGAAGAACUGAAGCUGUUUUGUGAAACGGACAAGAAACUGAUCUGUGUGAUUUGCAGAGAUGCGCGGGAACACAAGUCUCAUAACUUUAUGCCGAUUAAAGAAGCUGUUGAAAUCUACAAGGAUCAGAUUAAGUCUUCCUUCGAAUCUCUCACAAAAAUGAAGUCAGACUUCCAGGAAAUGGAGCAACAACAGAAAGAGAAGAUCUCCGGAGUUCGGGAACAGUCACACAGCCUUCAGUCCCACAUCACAUCCCAAUUUGCUGAACUGCACCAGAUUCUCACUGAGAAAGAGAAGCACUUCCUCAGUGAUCUCAGGGAAGAAGUGGAGAAGAUUCUAAAUCCAAUGAAGAAAAAACUUCAAAAGAUUCAAGAGAAUUUAAAUUCUAUUCAGGAGAAACUCUCAAAAUUACAGGAACGGAUGAAUGAAGAAGACAGCUUGAUAUUUCUCAAGGAGGAGACUCAUCGGAAGAUGAGGAUUAGUCAUGAUGCGCACACGUUGUCAGUGACUGAUGGUGCCCUACCGGUUGAAAAAUUCGAUCACCCUAUUUUGUUGAAUACAGCAUUGAGAGAAAUGUUUGACACAAUUAAGCAAGUGUCUGUGACCCUGGAUGUGGGAACGGCGAGUCCGUGGCUCGAGGUGUCUGAGGAUCGGAAGAGUGUGAGAUGGACCCGGACCCGCACUCGGAGGUGUCUCCCCGACACCGGGAAGAGGUUCACAGUCUGGUACUCUGUGCUGGGAUCGGAGGGAUUCACAUCGGGGAGACAUUACUGGGAGGUGGAGGUGGCGGGGAAUCGGGGCUGGAGUCUGGGAGUCGCCGCAGAGUCUGUGGAGAGGAAGAGACGGGUCGAACUGAUCCCGGUAAACGGAUUCUGGACCAUCGGGCGGGUUGGUGACGGGUUUUAUGCGAGAACCUCCCCCAUAUCCCGUCUCUCUGCCGGUGCCAUCCCCGGGAGGGUGGGAGUUUAUCUCAGUUACGGGUCCGGGACAGUUUCAUUUUACAGCGCGGACACCAAGUCCCAUCUCCACACCUUCACUGGGAAUAAAUUCACGGACAAACUUUAUCCUUUCUUCGGGACUGAGGAUGAAAACCAAUGGCUGAGAAUCUGCUCCGGUUCCGCUCCUUGUCUGUAACCGGGUCGGGUCCCGGGACUGGCGUCAGGAGGAAGUCAGUGUAAAUAUAAAUGUGAGGAGGGUGAA